AUGUCUCUCUUAUGGCCGGCACUUGGUGCCCACUCCCCACCCCUCAAGCCCACCUCAAUCUGGCCCGCACUACACCCCUCCCUGGACUUCCCUUUCCCCUCCAACUCGGCCCAAGGCCAGCCACAAAGCCCACCCGAAACUCUGGCCACGGACGUGCUCAACCUGGACACCCUCCCGCACGCGCGCAGUCACCAGGCGAGCAGCGACGCCUCGACGCCCGCCCUCGCCUCGGAAAACGCCGCCUCCUCGUAUCCCUCCCUCGACGCCUCGAGAGCCCGCACGCCCUCGACUCCCUCCCGCUCGCUGCCACCGUCCCCCUCGCGGGAUUGGCCGAGCCGCCGCCCGUCGCCCGUCCCUUGCCCUCCCUGGCCUAUAAAAACCCACCCCCGCACCCACUCCGCCCACACACCACCCCACUCCUUCCCCUCCACCUCCACACUCUCCCUGGAGAGCACCCAGGGCGCUGCUCUGGGCUGCUGCUCGUUGCAGCGGCGGAGCCCUGCCCCGGUGAUCACCGCCGUUGGAGAAGACGGGGAGGACGCUCGGACGCCGCCGCUCCACAACCUGCUGCCGGACGCCGUGAAGAGGACGGUGUUGCCGGAGACCAGGGAGAAGAAGAAGGCGCCGCCCGCCCGUUCUGCGACACCGCCGACCACCCUCGACCUCGCCGCCGGGAAGCAGACACCGCCGGUGAGCCCCAUGGCCGUCCCCGCCCCUUCUCUGCCCAAUCCGGCCGCCCUGGUCGCGUUCCGCGCUCGCGUGGAGGAGACGAUGGCCAUGGGCCAUCGGAUCCCCAUCCGACGCCUGCAUGGGCCAUGCAGGCCAGACUAUGAGGAGGAUUUCGAAGAUGAUGGUGGUUAUCAGGACGACUAUGCGACUUAG